CACCUGCAGGUGCGCAUGCGCUCUACUGCUCAGCCUCGGUCUGGUACCGAUCUUCACUUCCGGGAUUGGGAAGGUCAGAAGCGAAGCGUGGGAGGGAACGAGGGAGGAGGGCGUCCAGGAAAUAUUUCUGCAGCUCACCAGAUGGCACUGGUAAGAGGUUUGGCAGGUCUUCAACAGCAGCUGCAGCAUGUGAUCUCCAUACAAAACACCUGCUGUUCAAGAAUGUUCAGCACCACAGAUCCGGCAGCAGCCAUCUACAGGAUGACUAGACUGCGGGUUGUGGAUAACAGCAGUCUGGGGGAGGAGUCAGUCCGGCGAGGCAAGCCGCCGCGCGUCAUCCACGUCUACAAGAAAAACAGCAUCGGCAAGGUGGGAGACAAAGUUCUGGUGGCCAUCAUGGGACAGAAGAAAAAGGCCCUCAUAGUCGGACACAAAAUGGAGGGACCUCGCAUGACUCCCAAGUUUGACUCAAACAACAUCAUCCUGCUGGAGGAUUCUGGGAACCCCACCGGCACCAGGAUUAAAGUUCCCGUCCCCUCCCUGCUCAGAAAAAAAGCUGCUGACCAAUCUAAGGUUCUAGCCAUUGCCUCCAGGUUCAUCUGAAGGUUUCCGUGACUGCAGAAACAUUAACCAGCAUCAUUCAGUAUUUGUUGACUGUGUUGAAGUAAGUUCUGGACUGAGGUAAUGCUGGUUAACUGGUUGAAAUGUCAAAUCCUUCCAUCCAAGAGAUACUGUAAAAUUUUUGGAUGUUACUGACUGUAGUUAACUAAUGGCUAAUAUGAGGAAAAAUUUGGAAACAUUUCCAAUAAAUGAUUAGUUUUCAGAAAAAAAAAGGUUCCACAGAUAAAAUAGAUAUUUUGACAUCACA